CCCGCCGGGGUAGCAGGCUGCGGGCGGCCGGGAGGAGGCUGCGCUGCCAGCCGGUGCCUCGCAUUAAAAUGAGGAGGAGGAAGAAGCGGCAGCCACAGCGGCGGCGGCGGCAGCAGCGGCGGCGGCGAGGGCUGCAGCCCGGGAGGACGCGCGGAGCCCAGCGCGACACGGCAGCGGCCACCGCGGCCGGGAUGAGUCAACUCCUGGUUUAAUGGGGGCAGAGCGGCCGCGAGGGGACACGAGCGAGCGAGCGAGCGACGGGCAGCCGUCCGGGGAGCUGCGCUCACAGGCGCGCGCAGACCCCCGCGCGCCUCUCCCGGGCCGCCGGCGACACCGGCCUCGCCGCCCGCGUGGGGACCCCGCCUGCGGCCGGGCACCCGCCGCCCUCCGCGCAACUCCGCGUCAGUUCUGGGGGGCCUCCGGGCGGCGGCUGCGUCCCCAAGUCCCACUGCCAUUGUCGAGCUCCUUGUUUACCUCCGACUCGGGCUGAGUGAGAGCUUGGCGACUUUUGGGGGGAGGGGGCGGGGAGCGAGUGGCCGCCGAGGCGGCGGCGGCGGGGUUGCCCUCGGAUCUCCCCCUCCCCCAUGCCCCUCCCUCCCCGUCGGUGCUCCGGGGCGCUCCGGGGCCCCGCGUCCAUGGGCAGGGAGAGGGUCCCCGGGGCUGUUGUCGGAGACGCCGGCCUCCCAAGUGGCCUCCUAGUGCCUUCCCGGGGCUCUUGGCGCGACCCUCUACCCCUCAUCCUCCCAGGCCCCUGCUAGAUACCCUCGGUGGGGGUACGAGGCGGUGGGGAAAAAGUUUAAGGUUUGUUAAUCGCAGUCGCGAUUGUUGAGGAGGGGGGAGGGGGCGGCUGGGAAGAAAGCGAGGUGGCCUUUCCCUGGCGCUCCGGGGGCUCGGGCGAGCCUGGCGCGGUGACACCGAGCCGACUUGACGCGCUCUCCCUGGCGCUCAGCAGGAGGAGGGGGCGAGGGUACCUUGCCGCCCCCCCUGUCUCCCCACCCUUUCUGGGGUCCUCGUCCGCAGUGAUUUUUUUCCUCCCCAGUACCACCAGUGCACAGCUCCUAACGGGUUCCGCUUUGUUUUUAGGACUCCCCCACCCCCAACGAAUCACUUGUCAGAUCAAUUUUACCUUCUCCCUCCCCCCUACUUCCCACUCUCCCCUCCUCCCCUUCCAAACCCUGUUCUCCGACGUUAGACAUUUUACAAGCUAGCUAUGCUGUUUUUCGAAUUGUGACUUUUUUUUACCCCCCCUCCCCAAUAUCUACUCUUUAGCUGUUUAUUUUUGCCCUUCCCCCCGCUUAGCGGGGCGAGGGUAAGGGAAGAGAAAAUAAUACAAUUUCAGGGGAAGUCGCCUUCAGGUCUGCUGCUUUUUUUUUUUAAUAAUAAUAAUAAUAAAAAGGACAUAGAAAACACCAGUCUUGAACUUCACUUCAAGAACCCGGGCUGCAAAGGAAAUCUCCUUUGUUUUGUUAUUUAUAUGCUGUCAAGUUUUGAAGUGGUGAGUUUCAGUUCUGGCAGGUGAUCUGUAAGACAGUGACUGAGUAUGGAUCAUUUGAAUGAGGCGACUCAGGGGAAAGAGCAUUCAGAAAUGUCUAACAAUGUGAGCGAUCCGAAGGGCCCACCAGCCAAGAUUGCCCGCCUGGAGCAGAACGGAAGCCCACUAGGAAGAGGAAGGCUUGGGAGCACAGGUGCAAAGAUGCAGGGAGUGCCUUUAAAACACUCGGGCCAUCUGAUGAAAACCAACCUUAGGAAAGGAACCAUGCUACCAGUUUUCUGCGUGGUGGAACAUUAUGAAAAUGCCAUUGAGUACGACUGCAAGGAGGAGCAUGCGGAAUUCGUGCUGGUGAGAAAGGAUAUGCUUUUCAACCAGCUGAUAGAGAUGGCGUUGCUGUCUCUAGGCUAUUCCCACAGCUCUGCUGCCCAGGCCAAAGGACUCAUCCAGGUUGGGAAGUGGAAUCCAGUUCCACUGUCGUACGUGACAGAUGCCCCAGAUGCUACCGUAGCAGAUAUGCUUCAAGAUGUGUAUCAUGUGGUCACACUCAAAAUCCAGCUGCACAGUUGCCCCAAACUAGAAGACUUGCCCCCGGAACAAUGGUCGCAUACCACAGUACGGAACGCUCUGAAGGACUUGCUGAAAGACAUGAAUCAGAGUUCGUUGGCCAAGGAGUGCCCCCUUUCACAGAGUAUGAUCUCCUCCAUUGUGAACAGCACGUACUAUGCAAAUGUCUCAGCAGCAAAAUGUCAAGAAUUUGGAAGGUGGUACAAACAUUUCAAGAAGACAAAGGAUAUGAUGGUUGAAAUGGAUAGUCUGUCUGAACUGUCUCAACAAGGCACCAACCACGUCAAUUUUGGCCAGCAGCCGGUCCCAGGGAACACAGCUGAGCAGCCCCCAUCGCCCGCGCAGCUCUCCCAUGGCGGCCAGCCCUCUGUCCGGACCCCUCUUCCGAACCUGCACCCUGGGCUGGUGUCAACACCUAUCAGUCCUCAGCUCGUCAACCAGCAGCUGGUGAUGGCCCAGUUGUUGAACCAGCAGUAUGCGGUGAACAGACUCUUAGCCCAGCAGUCCUUAAACCAGCAGUACUUGAACCACCCUCCCCCUGUCAGUAGGUCUAUGAAUAAGCCUUUGGAGCAGCAGGUUUCCACGAACACGGAGGUCUCUUCAGAAAUCUACCAGUGGGUGCGGGAUGAACUGAAGCGAGCGGGAAUCUCCCAGGCGGUGUUUGCACGCGUGGCUUUCAACAGAACUCAGGGAUUGCUUUCUGAAAUCCUCCGAAAGGAAGAGGACCCCAAGACGGCAUCCCAGUCUCUGCUGGUAAACCUUCGGGCUAUGCAGAAUUUCUUACAGUUGCCAGAAGCCGAAAGAGACCGGAUAUACCAGGAUGAGAGGGAAAGGAGCUUGAACGCAGCCUCGGCCAUGGGUCCUGCGCCGCUGCUAAGCACCCCGCCCAGUCGUCCUCCCCAGGUGAAAACAGCUACUCUUGCCACUGAGAGGAAUGGGAAACCAGAGAACAAUACUAUGAACAUUAAUGCCUCCAUUUAUGACGAGAUUCAGCAGGAAAUGAAGCGUGCUAAAGUGUCCCAAGCACUGUUUGCAAAGGUUGCCGCCACAAAAAGCCAGGGGUGGCUGUGUGAGCUGUUGCGCUGGAAGGAAGAUCCGUCUCCAGAAAACAGGACCCUGUGGGAGAACCUGUCUAUGAUCCGCAGGUUCCUCAGUCUUCCUCAGCCUGAGCGCGAUGCCAUCUAUGAGCAGGAGAGCAAUGCUGUGCAUCACCAUGGCGACAGGCCACCCCACAUCAUCCAUGUUCCAGCAGAACAGAUUCAGAGCCCCUCUCCCAGCACCCUUGGCAGAGGAGAGUCUAGAGGUUCUUUCCUACCAGGCCUGCUGACGCCCGCACCAUGGCCCAGUGCUGCCCCUCAGCAGCAGCAACAGCAGCAGCAGCAGCAGCAGCAGCCGCCGCCGCCGCCUCCCCCUCCACAGCCGCAGCCUCAGCCCCAGGCAGGCCCUAGGCUGCCCCCGAGGCAGCCCCCGGUGGCCUCCUCUGCAGAGUCCGACGAGGAGAGCAGGCAGAAGACCAGGCCGCGAACCAAGAUUUCAGUGGAAGCCCUGGGGAUCCUUCAGAGCUUCAUCCAAGACGUGGGCCUGUACCCGGAUGAAGAGGCCAUCCAGACUCUGUCGGCGCAGCUCGACCUCCCCAAGUACACCAUCAUCAAGUUCUUCCAGAACCAGCGGUACUAUCUCAAGCACCACGGCCGGCUGAAGGACAACUCCGGCCUGGAGGUGGACGUGGCCGAGUACAAGGAGGAGGAGCUGCUGAAGGAUCUGGAAGACGGCGGCAUCCAGGAUAAAAACGCCAACACGCUCUUCUCCGUGAAACUGGAGGAGGAGCUGUCGGCCGAGGCGGGCACAGACGUGAACGCCGACCUGAAAGACUGAGGCUCCCCGCCGCCCGCCGGUACUUACUGAUGGGAGCCCACCUCGUGGCUAGCCUUUGGCCAACGGAUCUUCAGAAACUUGCACAAAACAGGAGGCUGGGAGGACUGGACAGACAGCACGAAAGGUCUUACCGUUUUCCGGACUGCGUGGCAGCCCCAGUGAAGCGUCCAGGGUUGUCUGUUGGUAGGAUUUGUGUUCAGGGGCUGCACCGCGGUGUGUGCCCUGUCAGCAUGAUGCCAGAGAUUGGUUUUUCCUUUUUAAUUAUUAUUAUUACUCUGGAGCCUCCAAUAAGCAUUAUAACUUCUGUGACUAUGAUUACCUUUCCUUUGUUUCUGUAACACUCCACACUGGUCUUUGGAAACUGGCCCCUUAUUUUAAAGAGAAAAAGGAAAAAAAAAGAGUUUGUUACUCGAUUGUAUGUUAAAAAAAAAGAACUAUAGACUGUGGAAUGCAGUUUAAAGAUGACAUAUGCCAACAAAUGCCUUGUAUUAUAUGGCACUGCCGUAAUUAAAAUUUGUUUUUUAUUUUGGAAAUAAAAAGUUCACUAAUUUUUCUUUUCAUUCUCAUUGUUACAUGAUUUUUUUAAGGAAAAGAAAAUGUGAAACACAAUUUCGUCGUUGUUAUUUAUUUGUAGAUCCUGCAGCAUCAUGUUGUAAUUAAGUUUUUGGAAGUUUCUGUUAAAUGUAAUGUUGCUUCUCUUGUUACCAUACUGAUUUCGUUUCUAUUUAUAACUGUAUUUUGAUGGGCAGUAAAACAAAGUGUCUUAAAAGUUUUAAAUAGAGAAAAUGUGCUUUACACGGUUGCCUAUAAAAGUCUAUGUUAUCCAAGCAAUUCACUCUAGGAGCUUCACUCUUGUUGUUGUAUGCAAUUUUUACUAUCAUGCAAAUAAGCUUAGGUAAAUAAAACUAAUAGAUCACCUUAGAAAAUUAUGCAAUUAAUGUGAAAAUAAUUGAUGUUUGCAAUGUGUCUUCCUUUGGUUUACAAUCAAUUUUAAAGCGACAUCUGUAUAAAAUUUCUGUAUAAAGGUGUCUUUCUUUUUUAUGAGUUUAUGACUAUGAAAACACCAGCUAUUUUGUUACAGCUGCUGUUUUUAUAAGUGUAUCACAAUUUUCUUUAUGCAGAAAUGUGCUGAUUAGGAGUGGUUAUUAACUGUAACUACACGAUUAAAAUUGUUUGUAUAGUAUGCCAUGGCAGGGUUUGUCUGCUUAUGUGACCCAGCUCAAGGAUGGUUGUGUCGUGUAGGUACACGGACACUCUUGAUAGCCUGUACAAGCAACUGAACACUUGCCUGAAAUACUAAAUUCAAGCCCCACACAUGCUCAGAUUUAAGCAGGUAUGAAAUUUCACAAUGCAGAUGAUAAUCUGGUUUUGCUUACUACAUAGGGCAGUCAAAGACUCCAACAGAAACAUGAAUUACUCUCAGCCAUUAAGUACUUGGAAUGGUUAUAUCAGCUUUUUCUCACAAUCCUCCAAUUACGGCAAUACUUUCCUUUAAGCGAGGGUGUAUUUUUCAAAGCCAUCAAUAGCAUAAAUAAGAGAACAAAUGUACCUUCUGUGUGAGAACCCUUCCUACUAACUGUUUUAGGGGAGGGGGUUGUUUGGCUUGGUGUUGAUUUGUUUUACAAGUGAUAAGUAAGGAAGGUACAAUAACCCUGAGUUCUUUUGGCUUCCUUUGUCAAAACUGAGAACUACAUGAAGAAAGUAAGAUUAACACCCCUAGAAUUCAAACACCAUCUUCUAAUCUUGCACCAUACACCGUAUUGUGGCAGUCUGGGCGUAAGGGCAAGGUGUGAGGUUCUAGGGAAACUUCGUUUUUUAUUUGUUUUCUUUUUUUCAUUUUGUUUCUUUGCCUUUUGUAUCCAUUUGUUAGGCCCCCUAAGUGUUAAUGGGGAUGUAUGGGUACAUGGAGUCAGGGCUCUGAGCUACCCUUUAGUUAGCCUUUCCUCAGUCCUGGUGAGCUCAUGCAGGGGACUGCAUGGCCUGUGACUGUAGAACGAGCUCCUUGGAAACUCCUCUGCUGCUUUGCUGGGAAACACAGCUGAGCGACUCAGAAGGCUGCUGCUUUGUUGCAAACUAAUUUCAAUUCCUUUUAUCAAAUGAGAAAACAAUGCAAACCUUCUUGUCUUCUGGAGUUCAGAAAAGUAACCAUUUAAGCUAAAGGCAUUUGAAUUAAGAUGAUGUAAGCUAAAUUUUAAAUGUUAAAGGAAAAAACUAAAAAACUAACAUGUCACUAAAGAUUGUCACCCACGUCCUCCUUUUCCCCAAGUUUAAGAGUUGACAGAGAAUCAGGUAGAAAUUGAUGUACUUUUUCAUUUUAGACAUCCCAGCACUAUUGACAUCAAACAGAAAAUCUGAUAGUAAUUUAGAAGGAGAAAAUCAGGUUGCUAGUAAGAUUUUUCCCAUUUCUAACAGUCUGCAUUCUUUUGAAAGAGCUUUCCUAGAACAUGAGUAUGUUGGAAAGCUACACCAUUUAAGGUCUACGUAGUUUUGUUACUUUAGGAUAAAGCACAUGUUAGCAAAUGGUGAUGGUCACAAUUGAGUGAGCAGAAUGGCUGAAGAUGGCAUAUUUUUGAAGCUUUCUCCUAGUGAUCCAUAUUAUUCCCUCAAUGUCAUUGUCACCCAUGUCUCUCUUCUUCCUGUUGCCUAUGGCUAUUGGUAAAGUUUCUUUAGCAAGCUUCAUUGUGUCCCGAUAUUUCAGAGAUGUUUUAACACUGGGCAUGACAUAGUCCUUCGUGCUGUUAAGACCUUAGCAGAGUCAGGUUGUUUACGGGUAAUAUUCAACCGUGUGCAUCCGAGUCUGUCAUGGAUUCCUUCACUCAGCACUUUGCCACUAAUUUGUAUUACACUCUGUGGCCAUAUAAUACUUGCACAUUAUGCAAAAAAUGAUGUUGAUAGUAUCUUCCUGCCACACAAUAUGCAGAGUUGACACAUAACCUUUGAAAACCAAGGUAACUAAUAUGUGUGCCCUACUUGUGUGGCACUUGGUAACAAAGUCUGUACAUAUGUAUAAAAUGUGUAUGACUGGCAUUUAGUACUAAGAAAUCUGAACUUAAGUGUCCACCCCUAGUAGUAUCUAUAGUUAACUAUGCUUAUCUAAACUACAUAGCUUGAAUAGAAAAAGUUGAAAUGUUCAGGAUUGACUAAAAUGAAUGUCCCACAAAUGCUAUUAUCAAAUUCUUCCCUAGUCUCAAUGGUUCACAUUUGGCUGAUAACAAGGUCCUUGAUUGUCACAAUAUUUUCAAUAAAUGAGAUAUUAUGAA